AUGCUCAAGAACCAGCUGGCGUAUCUCCCCGACCUCAGCGAUCUCCGGCCCGAGGCCAACAUCGAAGAUGCGAUCGUCGGUGAGCCCGAGGAGUGGGACCCCGAAGAGGAGGAGAGGCUCCGGGCCAUCCUCCGGAAGCACCGAAUGAUUUUCUUAGGAGAAGGAAACGCACUUCCCCCCCCGGCCCGGGUCGUCGUGUACGACCUGGAGGUUGGGGACGCAAAACCCAUUUCUAUGCGAUCCCGGAGGAUUCCCGCCGACUUACUGUCCAAGGUGUACGAGUUGCUCAAGCGUCUCCUGGAAACUGGUUUGAUCGAGUAUUCUGACUCGGAGUGGGCAUCGGCCAUCGUCCUCGUGAUGAAGAAGUACGGUACCGAUGUCCGCUAG